AGUAUGCCUCUGCCUCUUAGAUGCUUCCCUCCACCUAUUACAAAAGGAGCACAAUAUGCAGAUAACUUCAUUCUUCAGAUGUAUAAGAGGCCACAUCCUAUUCUGGGCUUCAUAAAGAGGAACCUUCAACAGCUCACAUACAGAGCUUCUGCCUCAAGGGACCACUCCCUGAAGCAUACAUUUUAAAAAGUCAUGCAAAGACAGUGGAGUGAUCAGAAGACGAUUAGUGGUAGGUCUGUCUGAGACAUCAUGGAGGGUAACAACAGACAACAGAGAGAAAGAUCACGAGAAAGAUCCCCAGAGACGUCUCCUAUGAUGGUUCCGGUAACCCAGCCACGCUGCUCAAUGUUCUCCUGCUGUUUGGGGAUGGCAUCUGAUGAACCUGUAGGCGUCCCAGCUAGUAAUGUAACACAAGACUCUAUUAUGAAGCAGCCCACCAGACAGUCUUAUGUCGACAACCCAGACACCAGCGAAUGCAUAAUACGAUUGGAGAAUACUGAGCCGCAAGGGUCCAGUCAGAAGCAGAACCAGGAUCAAAAGAUCAAGUUUCUGAUCAAUGUGCCCAUGUGGGUCCCACUACCUGACAAAAACCGACCACUGGACCAAAUCCAGUCACAGGUUCAAAGGUUACUGAAGUUGUUGGAGGAUACAGGAUUUAAGGAGGAAGAUGAGGAGCACCUGAAAGAUGUGGCCAUCAUCAUUGGCCUCAAUGGCAAAUAUUCUCCUAAGCUCAGGGAGCAGCUGACAAUGCUGAUGAACAUGAAGGAGAAUACAGUAUUGAAGUUUAAAAAGAUUUCAUUUACCUGGAGACCCAAUGGUGACAUUAAAUAUGUAGACAGUAUAAAUCAAAUAAAAGGUAUACCAUAUACGGAUAUCAGAGAAUUUCUAAAAGAUAAUGAGGAAACUAAACAGCUUGUUAGAGAGUUGAGAGGAGAGGAUCCUGACGCUCUGAUCUAUUUCAGUUUUAUUGACGCUGAUACUGUAAGCUUUAACCAAGUGUACAGCUCUUAUUUAGAGCUAGUCAGAAAGCACUCUAACACUCACUCUGGCAUCCCACCAACGGUGAUGUCAACAGGCUAUGAGUUUCCGGACGGGGAUUUUAAGAGGUCAAGCCAGGUUGACAGAGCGAUUCGAGUUGAGACAGCAAAACACUUUCCUCUAGGCACAUACUAUCCAGAGCCCAACUUCUGUGUUUUACUCCUAAAGGGGGAGGACACACUAACAGAGAGCUGUCUUGGAAAAGGCAAAACAAUGGAGUCGCCAAAAUGUAUCAAAAAAGUUAAGGAGCGUGAAAAAUUCACAGCAGUCUUUACCGCUGACAAUCCCAUAAUUACCUCUGUUCCAGCAAGGUGUAAAAUAAAUAAGGAUGGCCUGACAACUGCUCAAUCACAUUUUAAUCCUAGAGUUUGGGCAACAAGUGCAUAUAUCCAUGGUGAGAUAAAGAGUGAACUAAAGGGCCAAGGAAGUUUUGGUAAAACAAGACGAUUAUUGAUGGAACUGUUGACUUGUCCAGAUGAGACAUUUGAGGACAAGUGUAAAGAACUUCCUGUGGUAAAUAAUGAUGCAUUUCUGAGCCUGUGUAAGGCAGCUGGUGAGGUCCGAGAAUACAGAAAGAAAGUGAGGGGGUCUGAGAACCAACAGGAUAAGAGGAGUCCGGCAGAGAGCAGAGCAAAACAACCAGAGAUGUAACGCAUAUGAAUUCAAGGCACUUGUAAAGCCUAGACUUAUGUUGACAUAAAAAUCUGUAGCCUUACUUUUGUUACAACUUUUAUUUUGCCGUAAUGUAUUGAGACACUGUUUGUAGCCUGGGGACUUUUAUUUUGAAAGCGAUAAUAUUCCCAGAGGCACCUUUGAGAGAGCGUGGAGAAAAAGAGAGUGGAUGUUGAUGACUGCUUGGCUGUAUGUCUUGGACCAGAGAAAUUCAACUACACCUAACAGUUUUCCAUUGUAGCCCGUGUGUUAUUUUUACUGCCAAUCCACAAGUCCUCUGUUGGAGGUAGUGUUUAAUACCUACAAGCAGAAAUAAGAGUUAUACAAAUCUAUCCAAUCCACAAGUCCUCUGUUGGAGGUAGUGUUUAAUACCUACAAGCAGAAAUAAGAGUUAUACAAAUCUAUCCAAUCCACAAGUCCACUGUUGGAGGUAGUGUUUAAUACCUACAAGUAGAAAUAAGAGUUAUACAAAUCUAUCCAAUCCACAAGUCCUCUGUUGGAGGUAGUGUUUAAUACCUACAAGCAGAAAUAAGAGUUAUACAAAUCUAUCCAAUCCACAAGUCCUCUGUUGGAGGUAGUGUUUAAUACCUACAAGCAGAAAUAAGAGUUAUACAAAUCUAUCCAAUCCACAAGUCCUCUGUUGGAGGUAGUGUUUAAUACCUACAAGUAGAAAUAAGAGUUAUACAAAUCUAUCCAAUCCACAAGUCCUCUGUUGGAGGUAGUGUUUAAUACCUACAAGCAGAAAUAAGAGUUAUACAAAUCUAUCCAAUCCACAAGUCCUCUGUUGGAGGUAGUGUUUAAUACCUACAAGUAGAAAUAAGUUAUACAAAUCUAUCCAAUCCACAAGUCCUCUGUUGGAGGUAGUGUUUAAUACCUACAAGCAGAAAUAAGAGUUAUACAAAUCUAUCCAAUCCACAAGUCCUCUGUUGGAGGUAGUGUUUAAUACCUACAAGUAGAAAUAAGUUAUACAAAUCUAUCCAAUCCACAAGUCCUCUGUUGGAGGUAGUGUUUAAUACCUACAAGCAGAAAUAAGAGUUAUACAAAUCUAUCCAAUCCACAAGUCCUCUGUUGGAGGUAGUGUUUAAUACCUACAAGCAGAAAUAAGAGUUAUACAAAUCUAUCCAAUCCACAAGUCCUCUGUUGGAGGUAGUGUUUAAUACCUACAAGUAGAAAUAAGUUAUACAAAUCUAUCCAAUCCACAAGUCCUCUGUUGGAGGUAGUGUUUAAUACCUACAAGCAGAAAUAAGAGUUAUACAAAUCUAUCCAAUCCACAAGUCCUCUGUUGGAGGUAGUGUUUAAUACCUACAAGUAGAAAUAAGAGUUAUACAAAUCUAUCCAAUCCACAAGUCCUCUGUUGGAGGUAGUGUUUAAUACCUACAAGUAGAAAUAAGAGUUAUACAAAUCUAUCCAAUCCACAAGUCCUCUGUUGGAGGUAGUGUUUAAUACCUACAAGUAGAAAUAAGAGUUAUACAAAUCUAUCCAAUCCACAAGUCCUCUGUUGGAGGUAGUGUUUAAUACCUACAAGCAGAAAUAAGAGUUAUACAAAUCUAUCCAAUCCACAAGUCCUCUGUUGGAGGUAGUGUUUAAUACCUACAAGUAGAAAUAAGAGUUAUACAAAUCUAUCCAAUCCACAAGUCCUCUGUUGGAGGUAGUGUUUAAUACCUACAAGCAGAAAUAAGAGUUAUACAAAUCUAUCCAAUCCAGAAUAAGAAUGUCAUUUCCAAACAAGACAUAAACUCAAAUGUUGCUAAAUGACCUGGAUGAAUCUCUAGUUGUACACAACUAUGGGUGUAACCAUUUGUGCCAGAAUACUCACCAGACAUCAGCUUUAAUAGUGUAUAGGUGAGGAGUGAAAUACAGUAUAAAACAAUUAGGAAU